CGCCGCUGCCACCUCUCGGAGAGCUCGCCUCGCUGUUCUCCGGCAGCGGCUCUUCUGCCUUGAGCGGGAGGCACAAAGGGGGAGCCUGGGGGAGGCGCUCGGGGGCGCCAGAGAAGUGCAGCGAGAGGAAGAAGAAGAAGAAGAGAAGGGGAAGGAGGAGAAAAACAAGCACCUGGGUUUCGGUUACUCGCCUCACCGCAGCUCUUCCCCAACCCCUCCGCCCGCCUCUCAUGCCAUUACAGCAACAAAGAGCACGCUGAGCAGCGGGCGGAGAGGCGCCCUGGCUCCGAGCUCCGUCAGCCCAGAAGGCGGCGGAGGACCAUGGCUAGGAAAGGGGACGCCGCGGUCUCUCCUUACGGUGAACCCAGAAAAUUUGAUCCAAAGUUCAGCGGACCUAUUCACAACAGGCAUUGCACAGAUGUCUUGUGUUGUGGGAUCUUCGUUGUUGUCAUCCUGGGUUACAUUGCAUUAGGAAUUGUGGCCUGGAUACAUGGUGACCCAAGAAAAGUAGCCUAUCCAACUGAUAGCUAUGGGCAGUUCUGUGGUCAAAAAGAUACACCGAAUGAGAACAAAACAAUUUUAUUUUAUUUUAACAUUCUGAAAUGUGCCAGUCCUAUAGUGCUAAUAAACCUACAGUGCCCUACAACACAGCUUUGUGUUUCAAAGUGCCCAGACAGAUUUGCAACCUAUAUAGAAAUGCAGUCUUCCUACAGAAGUUAUUGGGAGUACUACAAACAGUUUUGCAAGCCUGGAUUUACUAAGCCACGCAAGUCUGUAACUCAAGUUAUGCGGGAUGAAGAUUGUCCUUCUAUGAUUAUUCCAAGCCGGCCUUUUCUUAAGAGGUGCUUUCCUGAUUUCUCUACUAAAAAUGGGGUUUUGACUGUGGCCAACCAAACUACUUUCAAAGAUGGAAGAGGAAAAUCACGGAAUGUAACAGAUCUCAGGGAAGCAGCAAAUGGCAUCAAUAAUGUUCUUGAUGCAAGAUCAGUUGGGAUGAAAAUUUUUGAAGACUACGCAAGCUCUUGGUACUGGAUUUUAAUAGGGCUGUUUAUUGCGAUGGUAGUCAGCUUGCUCUUUCUUGUGCUUCUGAGAUUCAUAGCAGGAGUUCUCUUCUGGAUUUUCAUCUUUGGUGUAAUUGGGAUUAUAGGAUAUGGUAUCUGGCAUUGCUACUGGGAAUAUCAUCGCCUUCAUGGAAUACCUGGUUCUGAUCUUACUAUCUAUGAUAUUGGAUUUCAGACAGAUUUCAGGGUCUAUCUGCAACUGAGGCAAACAUGGUUAGCAUUUAUGAUCCUACUUUGUAUAGUGGAAGUUGUCAUUAUACUGAUGUUAAUAUUUCUGAGAAAUCGAAUCCGGAUUGCAAUUGCCCUUUUGAAAGAAGGUAGCCGGGCAAUUGGCUACAUCAUGUCUACAUUAUUCUAUCCAAUUAUAACCUUUAUUCUUAUCACCAUCUGCAUUUCAUACUGGGCAGUGACAGCUGUUUUCCUGGCUACCUCAGGAGAACCUGUGUACAAAGUUAUGGCUAAUCAAAGCUUAUGCAAAUAUGCAAAUUUGACCUGUUAUCCAGAGACUUUCAACGCUACUAAUGUGACCAAAUUAUGUCCAGGGGCACAGUGUACAUUUGCUUUCUAUGGGGGAGAAAGUCUAUACCACCGCUACAUCUUAGUCUUUCAAAUUAUCAAUGUGUUUGUCUUUCUCUGGCUGGUCAAUUUUUCAAUUGCAUUGGGUCAAUGUACCCUUGCUGGUGCCUUUGCUUCUUAUUAUUGGGCCUUCCGAAAACCUGCUGACAUCCCACCCUGCCCUCUGUUUUCUUCAUUUGGACGAGCAAUACGGUAUCAUACAGGUUCUUUAGCAUUUGGCUCCUUAAUUCUUGCAGUGGUUCAACUCAUUAGAGUAAUCCUGGAAUAUCUUGAUCACAAACUUAAGGGCUCACAAAAUGCAUUUGCUAAGUUCUUGCUUUGCUGCCUCAAAUGCUGUUUUUGGUGCUUGGAAAAAUUCCUUAAAUUUAUAAACAGGAAUGCUUACAUCAUGAUUGCAAUCUAUGGUAAAAACUUCUGCACCUCAGCAAAAGAUGCCUUUUUUCUUCUCAUGAGAAAUGUGGUGAGGGUUGCAGUCCUGGAUAAAGUAACAGACUUCUUAUUAUUCCUGGGUAAACUCCUAGUUGCUGGAGCUGUGGGUGUCCUAGCCUUCUUUUUCUUCACACACAGGAUACCAGCAUUUGCACAAGAAGCACCUUCACUGAAUUAUUAUUGGGUCCCCCUCUUGACUGUCAUUAUAGGGUCGUAUCUGGUUGCACACGGAUUCUUCAGUGUCUAUGCAAUGUGUGUUGACACACUUUUCCUCUGUUUUUGCGAAGACUUGGAAAGGAAUGAUGGAUCUACAGCAAAACCUUACUACAUGUCAGCUAGUCUGCACCGGAUUUUGGGGAAGAAAGAACUGAGUCCCAAAAAGUUAAUGGGAUGAUGCUCAGAAUCGCAACAGUGAUAGUUUUAAGGAAGAGGGGAAAAAAGCAAAUUUAAAAGCAAGAUGCGUAUAAUUUAGACAAAAGAUUUUUUUAAAGUAUGAUGCUUCUGGUUAAUAAAUCAUUUGUUUUGCUUUGUACUAUCUAAAAAUAAGCAAAUGGGCAACAUUUUCAAAAUGUCUUUUAACCGCUGUGAAAUAAGGUCACAUCAUAGUUUUUAUAGAGUGCCUAAGGGAAACGUGUAAAUGUGAAGCUUCUUUUUUUUAACCUUUAGCUCUUAGUGUUUUAAUAACUUUUCUAACUUGAGAUUUUGCUGGCUGAAAUGACAGCCAUUUUGAUAACUUUUUUUAUAGGUGUAUAUUUGUAAAGGAUAUUCAGGCAAUUUUUCAAAGCACUUCAAUGUAUCCUAAUCAGCCAUAAACAUAUCAAGAUCAUUGGUAACCAGCAGGUGGUCCUAAAUUUGUAAUGAUGGUGCUACGGCUGCAUUUUUACUGUGUGCUGAUUGACAGCUACUUAAACUGUGACUAAAAUAUACUAAUGGUUCCCUGGAAAGAAGGGCACAUUGCUAAUUCAGUUGCCUCCUAAAAGUUGAAAUGGAGAUAAAUUGGGAUCUUGCU